CGCACUUCCGGUUUCUCCACGCUGCCUCCUUCCUCGCCACCAACAAACUUCGGCUGUGCUGUGAAGACUGACAAAACGCCAACAUGCCGAAAGCCAAGAAGUCCUCGAAGAGAAAGAAGUUCGACUACAACAAAGACCGGAAGAAGAUGAUGAAGCAGGCCAUCAAGAAAUGUAACCCGAGGAUAGAAAAUAAACAGAUUCGAAAUGCGUGGGACGACAAGAAGUCCAUGGCCAGGAACUUGCAGGAGAUGGGCCUGGCCUUCGAUCCCAACCGCACGCUGCCGAUAAAGAAAAGCAGCCUCCUGGGAAAAGAUCCAGUGUCCAAAGGUCCCGUUGGCAUCGUGACCAAGCCCUACGUACUCAACCAGCUGCAGCUGGAGGCCGACUGUCCAGAGAAGGACUCCAAGACGCUGUCCUCUGACCUGAUCGAGUACACCCAGCACAAUCGAGAGCACGCCGACGACUUCAAGGCGAUGGCCAACGACGAGAAGAACUACUACCAGGACACGCCCAAGCAGAUCAAGAGGAAGAUCAACGAGUACAAGCGGUGCCACCCGGAGCACUACAGCGGCUUCCUGGCGGCGCUGGUGGCGGCGCUGACGGAGCCGCAGCCGGCGGUCCAGUAAAAGGGGGCGGCGGCCCGCCGUGGACUUUCCGUCAACGCCCGCGGGGAUCUCGCCGGGGCGCGAGUCGGAGACGGACCUGCACCACUCGACCCGCCAGGACUUGUUCUGUGACUUUCCUCCCUGUAAAAGAUUUCCUGUUUUUAAUCUAUUCCGUUUAGUUUUAGUGUUCUCCGGACCCAGAUGUGUGUCAUGUAAUCAUUUAAAUACCUUGAAGCUC